AAAAAUGCAAGAAUUUGCAGUGAUUAUUUUACAGAAGACGAUUAUUACUAUACUGGCACACCUAUACCAAGUAUAAGAUUAAAAAAAACUGCAAUUCCGUCUGUUCUUACACAAAGAUCUUGUAGAAGUUCCAAGAAAGAUACAAGAAGCAAUAUUCAAAAUAACAAUCAAAAUGAAUCAUUAAUAGAUAUUGAAUAUGAAUCAACAAUGGAUAUCCAACAUCAAUCAGCAAUAGAUGUUCAACAAUCAACCCUCGACAAUCAUGACAAUUCAACAAUUCAACAUGACAAUCUUAUUUUGGCUAAACCAAUAGUUGUCGAGAAUACAGUAACACAUAAUAAUAUCAGUCGAAAAAGAAAACAAUGUAAUAAUACGGAACAGAUUUUCCUAAAGACUGGUAAAUAUAACAUAGAAUGUAUAAGAAAAACGGAAUUUGCUACUAAUCAAGCUUGGAGUAAGUUUGUAAAAUAUGUUAAUUAUAAUAGAUAUUUGCACAAACUUUCUGUGACACGAAAGUCACGUGUACAGAAGAAAAUAGAAACUUUACAAAAAGAUAGUUCAUACCUUCUGAAGAGUGUCGAAGGAAGCUGUAAUGUGUCCCCCUUGUGCCAAACUAAUGGUCUGCCAUUGGUAGGAAUAUUGUCUAAGUAA